UUGGCGUGGGGUGGGUUCGAAUCUUCUCGACGCAGUUGAACUCUCUCUCUCUUGUCCUUUUACCUCAAAUCAGCGCACAUUUUGCACCAAAAUGGGAAGGUCGAGCACGUUGCAAUGUGAAGUUCAAUUGCUAGAUGAUCAGAGCACGAUUUUGGAUCUAGAUAAAAAUGCAAAGGGUCUAGUUUUGUUUGACAAGAUCUGUGAGAAGAUUGAAGUUGCUGAGAAGGACUACUUUGGUUUGCGGUACAUUGAUGAAAAAGAUGGACAGUACAACUGGCUUGAUCCCCUCAGACCAAUUAAGAAACAAUUGAAACAUGAGCCAUACCAUUUCUACUUUGCUGUCAAGUUUUAUCCACCAAACCCAACUGCCCUUGUGGAAGACAUCACCAGGUACUUAAUGGUUUUACAACUGAGAGAGGAUCUUCUGAAAGGAAGAAUACAGUGUUCCAUCCCUAUUCAUGCCCUUCUUGGAUCAUUUGUUGUGCAAGCGGAAGUUGGAGACUAUGAUCAUGAUGAACAUGGUGAUGGUGCAGGGUAUCUUUCAGAGUUCAAAUUCUGCCCAAAACAGCCAGAUGAGAUGCUGCAGAAAGUACACCAGUUUCACGCUAAACACAGAGGAAUGACACCAGAGGAUGCAGAAUUGCAGUAUCUGGAUAAUGCAAGGAAACUCCCCCUGUAUGGAAUCGACCUUCAUCAGGCUGCAGAUGCUGAAGGGCAGCCAGUAAUUAUUGGAGUGUCAGCUUGGGGCAUUCAUAUCUUCCACAACAACAGACUGAUUAACAAGUUUGUUUGGCCGAAGAUUGUGAAAAUUGCUUUCAAAAAGAAGAAGUUUACCCUAACAAUCAGGGCAGCUAGUGAGAGUGAUUACUAUGCAGCAACAGUGCUGAGUUUUAAACUGGGAAGCUUAAGAGCUACAAAGCGACUUUGGAAGGUUGGAGUUGAGCACCAUUCAUUCUUCCGGCUGUCACAGGCUGAUCUUCCACCUAAAGAUGUGGGAUUUAUCAAGCUAGGCUCCAAGUUCAGAUACAGCGGCCGAACCCAGCAUCAAGCGCGUCACAGCCAAGAGAUCCUUCGCAAUCCCCGAGAUUUUGAGCGUGUUUCAAGCAAACGCUUUUCAUCAAAAGUCCUUGAUGGAAAUCGCAGGACAGAGGAUAUUCCAGAAGUACCAUUACAAGAGGAAGAAGAAAAGGUUUUUGACGAAGAAAAGAAAGAUGACGAAAAGCCAGCUGAGAGUACAGAACCAGGUGAAGCUCCUGUGGCAACAGUUGAAGGAUGAGGAAACAAAGUGAAGAUUUAUCUCGGGAAAUUCCAUUUCUUACUCCUUUCAGGAAUGUUAAUAGCCAGCAUUUCACAGGAACAUACGCAAACGAUGAGCUUUAAGGCUUGAUGUUCUGACAAGAUUUUACAAGUCAAUUUUAUAUCAUCCUCUUAUAUGCUAGAACAUAUUGAUGUGUUAAUGAGUUUAAAUGCUUUUAUUUGCUAAAUUGUAAUUUUAAUAGUAGGCAAUGGCUUUGCCUGAAAAUUAGGCAAGAUUUUCGCUCAGUCCCAUCUUUCAUUAUGCGAACAGUUCUUGGAUAAAGAAAACAUUUACGAAAACAAUUAUUAUACAUUGCGUUUUUAAAAACGGAUUAGUAUGGAGUUAUACGGAAAUCUUUCCGAAUAUUAUUAAGUUUGAAAUGUGGGAUAAAAAUAUCGUGCCAGAUUCCUAAGUUUUUCAUGUCCUCGAACGCUCUAAGCGCAAAGAUUCCUUUCUUCGAUAUCUUCUGGUAGGCUUUUUGUAUUGGCAGAACAGAAAGAUUAAUGUACAGUGGAGAUCCUCUCCAGUUUUACAUGACGCUUGACCAAUCUUUACCAUGAGAAGUCUUAGAGAAAUCAGUAAUGGUUUUCUCGUCGCAUUGUCACUGAAACUUAGUGACUUGUCCCCGUGCGCGGCUUGGUUUUUCAGAAGACGAUCCACGUAAUUCUGGGUGGAAAUAAUUUUCCAUCAGAUUAGAUUAGAUUAAUGACUUGUUAGAUAGUUUUUUUCCCUAUUUUACAUUACAUCCAGUUUUCCUUCACACUAAGAAGAACCGCGCGCAAGUCUUCUAGUAGAUCAUACGCUUUCAGAGAAGAGAGAUCAAAACUGAGUUUAGCUGUUAAUCCUAGAUUAGCGCAAACCGCCUUUUUGAACAACCUGUCCGAGCUCUGAUCUCUUGACAAAUUCUCACAACAGUUUGUCUAAGACUAAGAAUGGAAACUUCUUACGGGAAUUUGUGUUUUGACUAUUAGGCUUACAGGGUUAAUUUUAAAAGGUGCUAUGUUACGAUGCUGUAGUUUGAGAUAUUUUGAGAGGCCGUGGAAAAAUCGUUUCGUUUUCGGGAGUAAAUUUAGUUUGCAUGGCCGGAGGUUUUUAAAAUGUGCAUGCAAUGACUUAGUUCUGUUUUUUUUUUUUUGUUCUUUUUAAUUAUGUCGUAAAAACGAGCUAAUGCACUUAUUUUGAACUCUAGAUAGAGCAGUUUUCAAUUAAGUUACAAAAGUAUUCCGGGUUUGCUUUACUUUGGUCUGUGAUUGGUCCAUGCUCUAAACCAAUCAGACGCCAAACGAAAACCAGUGAUUACUUGGUUACCCGCUUUUCCCGCGCUUUUGCCAUAUUUCCUUUCAUCACUUCGAGUGCUCAUUGGCUAAUUAUGACGCAAACCUUCUGGCUGUUGCGAUUGAUUUGGAUUUGAUUUUGGAUUUACGACAGUCAAUCGAAAACAGUUCUAUGCUACUCAUUAAUAUAUUUUUAUCACUCUACUUUGCUAUUUGCAAGAUGUACUAUCAAUAUGCACUAUCUAAGAUGAGUUAAAGGUAAUUUUGAAAUAAUGAAUUUUUAAAAUAUUGCUGUCUUAGUAUGGAAUUGCGAAAUGCUGUCGGUAUUUGCAGUGUGUUUUGUUUGAGCAGUACAAUAUGUUGAUUAUAAAUGAAACGUUGAAAAGUGGU